UACAAAGAGAAGAAAAGCUGAAACGGAACCACACGACCCAGACAGUGAUGAUAAACAUCCAAAAUAAGUAGUUAGAAUUAAUACUAAAACCGUGUCGUGCCAUUCUUUCUGAAAGAUUUAAUGCGUUCUAGCGAUGAGAACUCUCGUUCUGGACAACGGCGCUUACACGGCUAAGAUUGGAUACAGCCAUGAGAAAGCCAGUGUUGUUCCUAACUGCCAGUUCCGCUCCAAGUCUCUGAGGUUAAAAACCUUUACUGCAAAUCAGCUGGAUGAAAUUAAAGAUCCAUCCGGACUCUUUUACAUCCUUCCGUUUCAAAAGGGUUAUCUCGUUAACUGGGAUGUACAACGCAAAGUGUGGGAUCAGCUGUUUGGAAAAGAAAUGUUCCAGGUGGACUUUGCUGAUACUAACAUAAUUAUAACUGAGCCCUAUUUUAACUUCAUUUCAAUUCAAGAAUCCAUGAAUGAAAUUUUGUUUGAAGAGUACCAGUUUCAGGCAGCUCUUAGAAUUAACGCUGGAUCUCUGAGCGCCCACAGACACUUCUAUGACUACAAUUCAGAGUUGUGUUGCAUCGUGGUGGAUAGUGGUUUCUCCUUCACACACAUUGUCCCUUACUGUAGAGGAAGGAAGAUGAAGGAUGGUAUUUGCAGAGUAAAUGUAGGUGGAAAACUUCUUACCAACCACUUAAAAGAGAUAAUUUCCUACAGGCAACUACAUGUGAUGGAUGAGACUUAUGUGAUCAAUCAAGUAAAGGAGGAUGUGUGCUAUGUCUCACAGGAGUUUUACAAAGACAUGCAGAUUGCUCAGUUGAAAGGGGAGGACAAUCUGGUAAUGAGAGACUAUGUCCUGCCUGACUUUAGUUCUAUCAAAAAGGGCUUCUGUAAGCCUAGAGAGGAAAUGAAUUUCACAGGAAAGUAUAAAACUGGAGAGCAGAUCCUGCGGCUUACAAAUGAGAGAUUUGCUAUUCCUGAGAUACUUUUCCACCCAUCGGAUAUUGGCAUUCAGGAAAUGGGCAUACCAGAAGCAAUAGUCAACUCCAUCAGCAAAAUGCCAGAGGAAAUGCAACCUCACUUCUUUAAGAACAUCGUUCUGACAGGUGGCAACACCUUGUUUCCCGGCUUCAGGGAUCGUGUGUAUAAAGAAGUCCGUGCACUCGCUCCCAGUGAAUUUGAUGUUUCUGUAACACAGCCACAAAAUCCAAUCUGCUAUCCUUGGGAAGGAGGAAAGCUCUUGGCAGAAAACCCAGACUUUGAGGAGAUGGUGGUAACACGAGAGGAUUAUGAAGAAAAUGGACAUUAUGUGUGUGAGGAGAAAUUCGACAUUUAAUCUGGGAGAAAAGCUGUUAUUUAUCCUACAUUUGAUUUGUCUUAUAUGCUCAUGUCCUCUUAUGUUGUUUCCUGAAUGUUUUACAGAAUUUUUAUACAAUGUUGAAAAUAAAUGUGACUUCAUAAUGGGAGUUGCUUUUUUCAAGGUU